GUACUUUUCCUUUGCAUUGUGUAAAGAAUAUAAAAUAGUUUUAUAAAUUCACUUUAAUAUAGGAAUAUAAAUUUCACUGAAAAUUUGGUAGAAAUAUAAAAAGUAAUUAUUGAAAAAAUAAUCUAAUCGAUGUAUUAUAAAUACAUAAUACCAUUAUAAUACUAACCUUUUCUGAUCUUUAAAGACAACAAAAUUUUAUCGUCGUAUCGAUGGUGGUUUACUGUUACAAACAUAUUGCAACUAUUUAGCAAACAUUAAUAAGAAAAUAUAGAAAUUAUUGCCAAAUUGUUACACAAUACGAACGAGACCAAAACAUAUUUAUUCGAAACGCAAAACGGCGAUGAUAUAUAUUCCUAAUUAUUCUACUUCAUACAAAAAGUGGUAAAUUCAAUAUCAUAUAUAUGUGGUAUAUAUAGUUGUUCGUAUCUUUUUCUAAUUUCUAUAAACAAAAGUCUUAAAUAUUUUAAACAGAUUAUACUUAAACGUAAUUUAUUUAUUCACAUAACAAAAUCACAAUUCGCAAACAUUAAUUAUUUACUACAACAUGCUAUGUACGUAGUAAUGUGGAAAUUGCUUACCUUCUUAUAUACUUGAGUUUUUAUUAUAAUAAGCGAGAAAAAUGUUAAACGUAUACAUAUCAUAUAAGUUGAAUCAUAAAGAACUGUGAAGAAAUUUCUCAGAAUGAGAUAGAAAAAUAAAGUUACAAUUUCUCCAAUUGUGAGUUUCUUGGACAACGCACUUACCGAUUGGACAAAUCAUGGUCAUUUACAUAUAACUUAUAGUAUCAGUUAUCAACAGAAAAGACUGCUGCGAUAAAAAUGCAGCUCUACUUUUCAGUAAUUUGAGUAAAACAACGAAAAUGUUCUAUAGAUUGAUAGUCAACUAAUAUUCCUAAUUAUAAACUUCAAUAUCUUUCUUUCUCUUCCAAUAUGUACGUUUUAAACAUUAAAACUGCGAACUCUAUAAUUCGUUAAAUCGUGCGUAUUCCAUAUGGUAACUAUAAGGAAAGUAAAAUUCGCCUUGAGUUUAAUCGCAUAUCAUUACUUUGCCACUGUUGUUUGCCGCCCUGUUUACACAGGGCUUUUGGCGAGUGGCCAAAUUUCUCGUGUCUCGUUUAGUUUUUGGAACGUACUUCCCGAAUUUAGAGGAGGAAGCGAAACGCUCUGGCUUCCAUGCAGUGUGAAUCAGAGUUCAGAUCUCGCGUAUCCCUUUGCCAAAGAACCGGUCGGUACACUCAUCGGUAUUUAUUGAGCGUCAGGCGUCCUCGUUCAUUCUGACAAAUAAAUCAUUUUCGUUGUAAAAUCUACGCAAUCGUUCCUUCUGAACAAAUUCUUUAUUUAUUUUUGUUUCUCAAAUAGCAAAUUGCAAAAGCGACUCGAUUGCCUGAACUCUGCUCUGUACUGUUCAAGAGUAUCGCAAAAGUGGCCUUCCGUGAAAAGUACGCAGCGGAUGUUAAUUGCCUUCCUUUGACUUUUACGUAUUAUUUCACGAUUAAACACUCGGGUAUCGUACGGUUAAUAGGAGAAACGAUAAAUGAUACGAGUAGCAUGUUGUAAUUUUAUACCUGACAAAUUGUACUUCUUUCCAUUGCAAAAAAGAAGCGAGAGCAAUAAUUGUACCUGAACGUUCAACAAAUUUGUUGACGCCAGAGGAAUUUUUGAUUACAAAACUUCAUCGUACAGUUUCAUUUAUAAUGUAACUUAAAAAAUGAUGGCAAACCGUUUCAUAGCCUACUAUGGUAUUAACUUUUUACAAUGAGAUAUAGUAUAAAACCACUGACUUCUGAUAUAAUCGUCCACUAUUUAUUUUUUGAUAUUAAUAUUUUUUCAAUCUUUUAAUUAAAUGAAAAUAUAUUUUAUUCUUUCAGUUUCAGAAAGCAACGUUAUUUCCUAUUAUGAAAAGCCGUUAUCAUCAUGCAGAUCUGUACUAUCAAUCCGCCUGAGUGCAAGCAACAACAACAACAACGACAAUCGGUUAUUGAGGAAAGAAGUAAAAUUAAGAUAAAUCACGAUGAUUGCUGUAACUGCUGUUGCUGUUGUGCAACUCCACAACGUACAUGCUAUAAAUAUGUGCAACCAGAGGUACCAAAGUCCUUUGCCCCAAUUCGUCAUUAUUGGAAAUCAGGUAUACCAAUGGAUAAUAACACUACAUACCGACUCUCCUAUUGGGAGUGCCCGAGUGCUCCCGUGGAUCCUAUCCUGCCUCGAAAUUGGUUAGUGACCGGAGAUGGUGAAAUAUCAGACGAUACAACAUAUAAAAACAGUUAUUUUGAACACUGUGUAAAACCUGAAUCACCCUGUAUACCUUGUGAGAAACAAUGGCUUGGUAGAGGUCCUAUACAGGAUGUUACGACUCAAAAACAUGACUAUACGUGGAAGUCUAUACGACAAAUAGAACCUUAUAAAGCAGAGAAUAAUUUAUACUGUGCACCUGCACCGUUACUUGAUGAUACAACAUAUAAAUUAAGCUACUAUCAGCCUGGUUGUAAUCUACCUGCGCUAUCUUACGCCCCUAUAAGAAAAUAUGUUAAACCAGAUAUUCCAAUGGAAGACCAUACAACGUACAAACUUAGUUAUUGGCCAAAUGAAUCUAUGAAGGAAGAACCUUUAUGGCAGAAAAAAGAAUAUUCGCCACCUGUCGAACCGAUGGAUGGGUGCACAACUUACAAAUUAAGUUAUUGGCCACAUUCAGAAAAAAGACGUUCACCAAUCGUACUUCAGCCAACUGAUAACAUUCUAAAUGCUGGUUGUUGCACCGAGGAUAACACAACUUAUCGUCUGAGUUACUUUGGCUGUGGAGGAGAUAAGCGAACUCCUAUUCGACAACCUAACAAUAUUCAGUUUUCGCCUUGUUCUCUAUCUUACGAUACCAUUCAUCGAAUGAGUUUCUUGGGCAACUGGUGUGUUAAACAAGACCCACCGAUUAUACCUUGCGAUAAACAAUUUUUAGGUAGAGGGCCCAUACAAGAGGUAACCACGCAAAAACAUGAUUAUACAUGGAAGAAUAUACCAUUAGAACCAGAUGCUCGUCGCGCAGAUAACCUUGUUCCUGCGUGUACACCUAUCGAAUGUUGUACUACUUACAGACUUUCUUAUUUAGAGAACGAUCUUAAAUCGUUAACACCUAUUCAUAAUUACGCACCAGUGCGUACAUGCUGCUUACCAGAUGUUCCAAUGGAAGCAGAAACUGUCAUGCAGCUGAGUUAUCAGCCUGUGGAGUGUGCGGAUAAAGUUGAAAAACCAUGGAGUGAGAGACCUCCUUACCAACUUCCAGUCACUCCUAUGGAAGAUAAUACUACAUACAAUAAAAGUUACAUUCCGCCUGGUACAUUGUGCCUGUAAUUGUGGUAUAUUUGCAUGCAUAUUUCAUCAGCAAAAACAUCAAGGUAAAAAUUUAGAAUAUUUUAAUAGUAUAUUAUGCCAUUAAGUUGCAUAAAAACCAUAGCAAUUAUAUGUAAAUAUGAUACGACGUGUUAUGUCUCAAUAUACUCUGUUAUGGUACUACUAAUUUGGUUAAACUAUCAAUACAAAGUGUAAAAGCAUAGGCAAUUAUAAUCAAAGCAUUCUACACUCUAUUAUUAGAAUACAAAUUACACGACAAUAGGUGGAAUGUUAAAUUGUGCUACAUCUGUUCUAUACACGGCUGAUACACAUAUACAAGAAAAUUGACAGUAUGCAUUCUUUGAAGGACAACAUCAAAGUGACUUAGAAAAAAAAUUAAGCUUGAAUGGGGUGAGUCUGAAUUUUCUACCUUUUCUUUAUAAACGUAUCUUUUUUAUGAUAAACUUACAUGCACCAUAUGAGUAGUAUGAGUAGUAAAAAAAAUGAAUUUUAGAAUCUAGUACAAAGAUGUGACCAAUAUUUUAUUACAUAUAAAAUAUUAUGUUGCAGACAAGUUCUAAAAGUAAUAAAUACAGACCAUUAAAA